ACCAAACCUUUUAUAAAAAGGAGUUUUUUUUUUUCUUUUUCUUCCUUUUUUAGCUACUAAAAAUGGAGGCCAGACUUUUUCUGGUGAAGUACUACAUGCUGUUCUCCUUCUUAUUCUUCCUCUCCCUAUUUAGUUUGAGGUUGGAGCUUUCGGAAGCUCAAAUGGUGCCGGCGGUAUUUGUUUUCGGGGACUCCCUAGUUGAUGUUGGGAACAACAACCACCUUGCUGUUUCUGUCGCCAAGGCAAAUUUUCCACACAACGGGAUCGAUUUUCCGACUAAAAAACCAACUGGGAGGUUUUGUAAUGGCAAGAAUGCUGCAGAUUUUAUUGCUGAAAAAGUAGGGUUACCAAGUUCACCACCUUAUCUUUCUUUGUGGAAGAAGAACAAUGCAUCGUACGUAAACGGUGUCAGCUUUGCCUCCGGCGGUGCCGGAAUCUUCAACGGCACAGAUCAAUUUUUUGGUCAGGCCAUUCCUUUGGCAAAACAAGUGCAAAACUACAUGACAGUGCAUAAAAUUUUGGUCCAGCAGAUGGGAUCCUCUGCUGCAGAAAAUCACUUUUCUAAGUCGAUUUUCGCCAUUAUAAUCGGUAGCAAUGACCUAUUCGAUUACUUUGGAUCUUCCAAUCUCAGAAAGAAGAACAGCCCACAACAAUUUGUGGACUUGAUGACUAACACCCUAAAGGGACAACUCAAGAGACUAUACGCAUUCGGUGCACGUAAAUUUUUUCUUGCUGGGAUUGGGGCGAUAGGUUGUAUUCCAGCGGAAAGAGCUAAAAGCAAAACGCAAGAAUGCAAUGAAGAACGCAACUUUUGGUCUGUUAAGUACAAUGAAUUGUUGAAGGCAGUGUUGAACAGCUUGAAAUCAGAGCUUCAAGGCGUAAACUACUCCUAUUUUGAUACUUACAGUAUCAUGCAAAAUUUGAUCCAAAAACCAUCGGCAUACGGGUUCAAUGAGAUAAAAGCUGCCUGUUGCGGCCUGGGUGAUCUGAAAGCCAAAGUCCCUUGUGUGCCCAUUUCAACAUAUUGCUCCAACAGGAACGAUCAUGUUUUCUGGGAUCUGUAUCAUCCAACAGAGGCAACAGCUCGAAUUUUUGCGGAUACUCUUUUUGAUGGUACUUCACAAUACAGUGUUCCAAUGAAUGUUAGGCAGCUAGUUUCUGUUUAAGCAAUGAAUAAAGCAAAGAUUUACAUUGGAAAGAAGCCGUAUAUGGUAAAUAGAGUUGUGCAUGGCCGGUCCAAAUUGGGUUCGAGUCGAAGCCAUACUUAGUAUUAAUAUUUUAUGUACUUAUUUAGGCCUAGUUUGAUCUAAUAUUAAU